UUCUCAUUGAUCAUUGUUCCUUCAGGUACGGUUGUCUUGGCUCUGAAUGCAAUUCCAGAUACAAGAGUACAUGAUAGAAAUGGGUCAACUUCAAGAGAGGGAAUAGGGGAUCCAUUUAUUUCUAAUGGUUUCACUUCUUCAGGGUCUCGGGAACCGAAACCUAUGCCAUCUAAUGAGGAAAACAAUCCAGCUAGUUCUUGCCAUGACAAGGUGACUGCAAAUACCAAUUUGGAGCAAAACUGUGAGCUUCUGAGUGAAUCUUACAUGGAUGUCCCAGUUGUAGAAAUUGAUAAUCUUGCCACUGGCUCCCAAAACAGUCAUUGCAUGUACCAAGAAGAGUUGUCACAGGACUUGACUCAGCCAAGUCCGAAAAGGCACCCUGAGUUGUCACAUGACUUGACUCAGCCAACUCCAAAAAGCCGCCAGGCAGGCAAGGCAAGAAGUCCUGUUGUUGAGAAGCAACAGGGAAGGAAACUCGGCGGCUACAAUAGGAGGGCCAAGAGCAGGGGGAAAUAAGGCUUAUCUGCAUAUGUUCCUUUACUGUAAAAUCAUUGUAAACUAGUUUCCAGGAUAUCUUAUAUUACCGCAACAAGGCAUUUGUAAGCUGUAAGGAAUUUCUUAUCUACGCGUUCCAUAUUAGGUUUUUCUUUUUCCAACAAUUGUGGUGAGAGGUAGUGGGUAGAUUUUUAAAUUUUAAGAACAGAAACUGCCACGAGGUUCUAGUUCUUUUUCAUGUGAGAAUUGCAAUAGAACACUUUGUUAGUCCCAAUGAAAUUGGUGUUUGUUGUAUCACCUGGGAGACUGCUGCCAAGCACGUGAGAAGUGAUAAUUCAAAUGUUAAAAGGAAAGUAGUUUGCUGAUCAA